AGUGGCCAUAGUUAUUUCCCCCCUUCCCUCCAAUCUCCCAACUGACAGUACACCCAUCAUCUCCUUUCCCCAAUAUUCACACAAACACACACUUGAUUACCACUAAUACCAGACGGCGGCAGUAACCAAUGAAAUCGACGGCGGCGAUGGUGGGAGGAGACCUAGUUCUCCGGUCGCCGUUUUCUAGCGCUUCUGGCUGUACCUGUAUUCUCUCUCUCAAACGACACUCGUUAGCUUCUCUAGGGUCUCGCCGACCCAAUUCCUGCACAAACUUUGCCCCCAACCGUCACGCUCCAUGUUUGCCAAUAACCCAUCUUAAAAAUCGCAUCCAUAAACUCAGCAGACUCGUCCCCCGCGCCGCCGAGUCAACUCAGCCGUCCUCCAUCGCCGCCACAUCUGCCGACAAGCCCACCGUCCCCGACAACGAGUUCUCGCUCGCCAAAGUUUCGUUCGGUGUCAUUGGAUUAAGUGUCGGCGUCUCACUUCUCUCGUAUGGUUUCGGAGCUUAUUUCAAUAUUCUCCCGGGAUCUGAAUGGUCAGCAUUGAUGUUGACCUAUGGAUUUCCUCUAGCAAUUAUCGGCAUGGCUCUCAAGUAUGCAGAACUUAAGCCUGUACCCUGCUUGACCUAUUCAGAUGCCGAGGCCCUCAGAGAAAAAUGUUCUACUCCAAUUCUUACACAGGUCAGAAAUGAUGUCACGAGAUACCGUUACGGAGACGAGCAGCACUUGGAGGAAGCCCUAAAGCGAAUAUUCCAAUAUGGCCUGGGUGGAGGUAUUCCGCGAAGGAGUGCUCCUAUGCUUCAAAGGAUUCGCGAAGAAGUUACCGAGGAUGGUAAAUACUCUGUGGUGUUGGUGUUUGAGGCAAAAGCUCUCGAGUUUUCCGAUUUCAAACGAAGAGAGGCGAAAUUUACGUCUUUCUUUGGGCCGGGGAUCACUGCUGAAGUCGUGGAGGGAGAAAAGAACAUAUACGAGGUCAAGCUAAUUUCGAAUACAACGUUGUAGGCACUGAAUUUAUCUACAAUGCUUUGUGUGGCCGGAAAAUCGAAUAGCAUAUACAUAUGUAAAAUGUAUCCAUGUGUUUUUGUGACCCAAAAUUGUAUAGUCAAAACAGUUUUGUUUGGUUUUUUUUU